AUGGCUGCAUCCGGCCAAUUCGUCCUGGGGUGGCUCUUCGAGAUCACCUUUCCGCUGCACCGGGAGUUCACGGAGCGGCCGCAGCCGCUGCUCCAGUACAGCCGCCAGUGGCAGCGCGGCUGGGACUACCGCGCCUGGGCCAAGAUCAUCCUGCAGUGCCUCCUCUGCGGCGCGGUCCCGCCGCACCGGCGCCUCGAGGUCCGCUUUCAGCUGCAGCGCGCGGGGCGCCUGGCGGGCGUUUGCGACGAGAUCGAGAUGCGCGACGUGCUGCGCGCCAGCUGGGUCCUGGAGCGCCCGGUGGUGCCCGCCAGCUGGGCGCUUGGGGCGGUUCGCGUGGUGGGAGAGACCGACGAGUACCUCGACCUGGUCGACGCCGCCCUGCCCGAGCGGCCCGCUGGCGCCCCGGAGCUGCCGCUCUACGGCGAGGCUCCUGCUUUCUCGCCGGAGAGCCUUCAAGAUGCGACGGAGUACAUGGCGGACCUGGUUGGGCAGCAUUUGGCCGGCGGCUUCUUCGACCAGGCAUCCGAGGAGGACGACGAGGACUGA